UUCAUUUUAAGCAACUGCUUAAAAAGACCCUUUUCAUAUUUUAUUAUCAGUGAACCAAAAAGUUGGAGAUUUAUUAGUAUUUAACCGUGUCGGAAAUGUUGUUCGGUGGAACAGACGUACCAGCAGUCAUGAGGCGUUUCUCUGUGUUCUUGGUCUCUUGCUGGAUUCUCCUUGGUCUCUGUCUUCUGAGUGUGUCAUCUCAAAACAUAUCACAGAGUGACCUGCAAGCUAGCUUCCCACCAAGAGGUUGGAAUUCCUAUGAUUCCUUUUGUUGGACAAUUUCUGAAGAAGAAUUCUUACAGAGUGCUGAAAUAGUUUCUCAACGUCUCAAGGCUCAUGGAUAUCAGUAUGUUGUGGUAGAUUACCUCUGGUACAGGAAGAAAGUCAAGGGUGCUUAUCCUGAUUCUCUUGGAUUUGAUGUGAUUGAUCAAUGGGGAAGGAUGAUCCCUGACCCAGGAAGGUGGCCUUCUUCCCAAGGUGGGAAGGGGUUCAGCGAAGUAGCUAAUAAAGUACAUAGCUUGGGUUUAAAGUUUGGGAUUCAUGUAAUGAGAGGGAUAAGCACACAAGCUGCCAAUGCAAACACCCCUAUCCUAGAUACAACAAAGGGAGAUGCAUAUCAAGAAUCUGGUCGAGUGUGGCGUGCAAAAGACAUAGCAAUCCCAGAAAGAGCUUGUGCAUGGAUGCCUCACGGUUUCAUGAGUGUAAAUACAAAGUUGGGAGCUGGAAGAGCUUUUUUGAGAUCCCUUUAUGAGCAGUAUGCUGCGUGGGGUGUUGAUUUCGUGAAACAUGACUGUGUGUUCGGCGAUGACUUGGAUUUGAGUGAAAUAACCUAUGUAUCAGAGGUUCUCAGCAAGCUUAGUCGCCCCAUUGUGUAUUCUCUGUCUCCUGGAACUAGUGUGACACCAGCCAUGGCUAAAGAUGUCCUUGGACUAGUCAACAUGUAUAGAAUAACAGGAGAUGACUGGGAUACAUGGGGGGAUGUCAAGGCUCAUUUUGAUGUAACAAGGGAUUUCUCUACAGCUAAUAUGAUAGGAGGAAAAGGCUUAAAGGGAAAUUCCUGGCCUGAUUUGGACAUGCUACCAUUUGGAUGGCUAACUGAUCCAGGUUCUAAUGAAGGUCCACACAGGUAUAGUAACCUCAAUCUUGAAGAGAAAAGGACACAGAUGACUUUGUGGUCUUUGGCUAAGUCUCCCCUCAUGUAUGGGGGGGAUGUGCGGAAGAUUGAUCCUACCACAUAUGAAAUUAUCACAAAUCCUACACUGCUAGAAAUUAAUUACUUCAGCUCAAAUAAUAUGGAGUUUCCUUAUGUCACAAGCUCGGAGAUCUUGAAGCACAAACAUGAUCACCUAGAAGGGAAAAAGAGAAUACCUAAGAAAGGAAUAAAAGCAUCAUAUACACAUUCAUUAGGUCUGACCAGCUGCACUGAAUCAAAGGCAAGUGGUUGGUCUAUUGAAAGUCUUAACCAAGAUCUUGAAAGAAUCUGUUGGAAAAAGAGUUUAGAAAGCAAGCAUCUGGCCCCUUUCUGUGUACACAAGAGAGAACUUCUUUUCAGAUUAGAAGGAGGGAGUAUGUAUCACGAGAAUUAUCAAGGGAAGCAUCAAUUAGUUGCAACUGACAGAAUGAAGUUUUGUUUGGAUGCUUCACCAAAACGAAAGAUUACUUCUAAAGAGUUCAAGAGAGGUACAUUUUCUCCUUGCCGAUGGGAUUCAAAUCAGAUCUGGGAGCUGAGCUCCAAUGGUACCCUGGUAAAUAGUUACUCUGGUCUUUGUGCGACCGUAGAAUAUGUCGAAGAUUCAGCUAAUGUUAAUUCUGGUGGUAUUCGGUCUUGGAUUGCAACGGGAAGGAAAGGGGAAAUCUAUCUUGCGUUCUUCAAUCUAAGCGACGAGAAGACGGUGAUAUAUGCAAAGACAUCAUAUCUGGCCAGGGUUCUUCCUGACAAAAGCAUCAAUUCAUGUAAGGGCAAGGAACUGUGGAGUGGAAAGGACGUAAUAACAACGCAGGGGACGUUAUCAAUGAACGUGGAAGUUCAUGGAUGUGCACUAUUUAUUCUAAAUUGUGACUAAACUGGCUUCCAAUUAUUAUUAUAUUUUGUUUCUCCUCUCUAUAACACUCUUCUACUAGGGGGGUAGGUCAAAUUUGUAUGUUAAUGCAAUGCGGUGCGUAACUGUUGGACCGCACCACUUUGGACAAACUGCAUAGGUAACCAAGUUAUGCUACUAAAGUUAUGUGCCUAGACAUGGAAAUUUUGGAUCUCUCCACCCAAUGACCAAUAUAAAAAACUAUAUUAUAGAUAUCCUCUUCAGGAAGUAACUCAGUUUAAAUCAGAUAGAAUUAUGUGAGAUAAUUUAUGUAUUAAUGUUUUCAUAGUUGUAUUUAAUUUUAUCAAUUUUGUGUACAAAUACUCGUCAUUGUAUCCAACUUUUUAUUUUUAUUUUUUUUCAUUGUGUUUUUU